AUGCCCCAGCUGCCCGAAAGUUCUACCUGUCAACGGAUGGAUGUUGGUGAAGCUCUUUCAUCUUCGAAACAUCUCAAUAUCACUCCCAAUGGCCAACAGGCGUACAUUCAUAAAGAGGUUGGCAUUCCAUCGCAGUCUACUCCUAGCUUCUCUUUGGAGAUGCGCCAUGCAAAGAUCCUCAAUAUUGCAAUCACCAACACGCUCUCUAUUUUGGGUCAUCGAAUUUACGAAUCGGAAUUGUUUUGUUUGAGUACGGAAAUAAUCUUGGGAAACAAACUCGGAAACGCCAUAUCAUGCACCUUUCGCACCUACUUUUGUUUGCAAGACAGUCGGGUUGGGUACCCAGCAUCCAGCGUUACGGGAACAAUCAAGGACCAAGGUUCAAGUGGUAUUACCAUCUUUGAUUUCGUCAAAUUAUCACAGAUCUGUGCUCAGGAAUCAUAUCAUUCAUAUGUCUCAGUUCUGGCUGUUUACGACGCAAGCCAAAUCUAG